UAACGCACACCGUACGAACCACGACCCCAUCAACCUCUACCGUCAUCAGUACGAGGAAAACGACACCAACCACCUCUGCCUCCACCACGGCCAAGACCACUGUGUCCACAGAGUCCAGCCCAACCACCACGACUCCAACCACCUUGAGAAGUACAACGCUCGCCCCAACCAGCACCUCGGAGGCUACCACCCCAGGCGUCAGUACCUCCCAGACCUCCACGCCGACAGCCGCUACCCCUGCCACUUCCUCCACCACCUCCACCACAACUGCCACGCCAACCAUUACGCCCGCCACCGUGACGCUGACGACCACCGCCCCGAUCACGACCUCCACGCUGCACACAACCUUGGAGUCCACCACCUCGCACAUCACUACCCCCACCACCACCAAAAGCACCACUGCGACUGUGGUUAUCCCCACCACAACAUCUACUGAGUCUACCACAACUGCCAUGCCGACAGCUACGCCCACCACCACAACCCCGACCGCAACAUCGGAGACCACCACGCCGCACACCACGACUCCCACCACCGAAAAAACCACCACUCACACACCACCCGCGUCCACUCCUUCCACAACCAAGGCCACAACAGCUCCAUCCCCAACACCACGAAAGGUGGAAGAGGAAACUAGAACCACUAUUCCUACCAGCACACCCUCAACAGUAACGCACACCGUACGAACCACGACCCCAUCAACCUCUACCGUCAUCAGUACGAGGAAAACGACACCAACCACCUCUGCCUCCACCACGGCCAAGACCACUGUGUCCACAGAGUCCAGCCCAACCACCACGACUCCAACCACCUUGAGAAGUACAACGCUCGCCCCAACCAGCACCUCGGAGGCUACCACCCCAGGCGUCAGUACCUCCCAGACCUCCACGCCGACAGCCGCUACCCCUGCCACUUCCUCCACCACCUCCACCACAACUGCCACGCCAACCAUUACGCCCGCCACCGUGACGCUGACGACCACCGCCCCGAUCACGACCUCCACGCUGCACACAACCUUGGAGUCCACCACCUCGCACAUCACUACCCCCACCACCACCAAAAGCACCACUGCGACUGUGGUUAUCCCCACCACAACAUCUACUGAGUCUACCACAACUGCCAUGCCGACAGCUACGCCCACCACCACAACCCCGACCGCAACAUCGGAGACCACCACGCCGCACACCACGACUCCCACCACCGAAAAAACCACCACUCACACACCACCCGCGUCCACUCCUUCCACAACCAAGGCCACAACAGCUCCAUCCCCAACACCACGAAAGGUGGAAGAGGAAACUAGAACCACUAUUCCUACCAGCACACCCUCAACAGUAACGCACACCGUACGAACCACGACCCCAUCAACCUCUACCGUCAUCAGUACGAGGAAAACAACACCAACCACCUCUGCCUCCACCACGGCCAAGACCACUGUGUCCACAGAGUCCAGCCCAACCACCACGACUCCAACCACCUUGAGAAGUACAACGUUUGCCCCAACCAGCACCUCGGAGGCUACCACCCCAGGCAUCAGUACCUCCCAGACCUCCACGCCGACAGCCGCUACCCCUGCCACUUCCUCCACCACCUCCACCACAACUGCCACGCCAACCACUACGCCCGCCACCGUGACGCUGACGACCACCGCCCCGAUCACGACCUCCACGCUGCACACAACCUUGGAGUCCACCACCUCGCACAUCACUACCCCCACCACCACCAAAAGCACCACUGCGACUGUGGUUAUCCCCACCACAACAUCUCCUGAGUCUACCACAACUGCCAUGCCAACAGCUUCGCCCACCACCACGGCUGCGACCACCUCCACGACUGCCGUGACCACAACCUCGAAGACCAUCCCCACACACACCCGGACUACAACCACCACAAAAAACACGACUCAGACACCUGCUACAUCCACCCCUUCCACCAUCUAUAUCGCUACGUUUUCUUCCACAACACCAGGAAAGGGAGAACAUGUAAUCAGAACCACUACUCCAAUCACUACUUCUUCCACUGCUACCAAAACCACCACAGUCACAACAGCUAUGCCUACACCAUCAACAUUUACCACAAUUGCUACUCCAUCAACUACAAUGCCUACACCAUCAACAUUUACCACAAUUGCCCCUCCAUCAACUACCCCUCCCACUGCCACUGUGACAACAACCCCUAUUUCCACCUCAGUAGUUGUUAUUCCAGUUAGAACAACUACCCCCCCUAUACACACACCUCCUUUCCAAACAACUUCCUCAGAACAGAGUACUCCUACCACUGAAGCCAUUACUUCCUUUAAUAUUACAUCCCCUACUGCAACCACCAUAAUCACCAAGACCACCACUUCCUCAACAACUCCAACUAUUCCACCUACUGAAUCUUCCACAUUAAAAGCAACUACACUUACCUCCUCAACUACGAGCAAAACGACCAGUUUUUCCAGGAAAACAACUACAGCACCUACAUCUUUAUCAACUUACACCACUUUAAAAGUCCCUCCUGAAACUUCGACUGUAUCUACACCACCUAGGCCAGAAUAUUGUACAGAGCUUGAAUAUGAGGAACUAAUAACUUACAAAGGCUGUGCUACCAAUGUCAUCUUGAUUCGCUGUGAAGGAAUGUGUCAAUCUACAGCAAAGUAA